CAUGACCAUAAUAUUUGUUCAGAUAGUCAAUGUACUUAAAGACUGAGUGGUUUGAGUUCAUAAGCUUCUUUUGCUUGAGUGAAUCUAGAGGGACAACAGCUGGAUAUAGUCAGCAUGCUGGUCUUUCUGAUUCUUGUGUGGACAUGCAUCUUCUUCGUCUUCCUCCUCGUCCGGAUCCAGAGGCCAAAGAAUUUUCCUCCUGGACCUACUCCUCUCCCUUUAUUUGGGAAUCUGCUUCACAUGGAUAUGGCCAAUCCUUUGAAGGAUUUUGAAAAAUUUGCAGAACAAUAUGGGAAAAUUUUCAGCCUGUAUACUGGAUCGAAACCAUACGUUUUUCUAAAUAGUUUUGAAGUUAUUAAGGAAGCUUUGGUUACAAAGGCUCAAGACUUUUCAGGACGUCCUCAAGAGUGCAUGGUCAGUCAUCUCACAGAGAAUAAAGGUGUAAUAUUGGCCGAUUAUGGCACCCAUUGGAAGGAUCAUCGACGUUUUGCUCUGAUGACCCUGAGGAACUUUGGCCUGGGGAAGCAGUCAAUGGAGGAGAGAAUUCUGGGAGAAAUCUCACAUUUAGUUGCUGACUUGGACAAAAAUACUGGAGGAACUGUGAAUCCUCAGAAUAUGUUCCACAAUGUUGCAUCAAACAUUAUCGGCUUGGUUCUGUUUGGAUCCCGUUCUGAUUACAAGAAUGAAUUCCUUCAGCACUAUGUCCAGUUCAUUACAGAGAUUUCAAAGAUCCUCAAUGGACCAUGGAAUGCGAUAUACGACACACUUCCUUUACUGAGAAUCUUGCCCCUGCCAUUUAAAAAAGCAUUUGAUCAUGUAAAGAAGUUAAAAAAUAUGAAUUUAAGUCAGCUCAACGAACACAAGAACACAAGAGUCCCAGGAAAGCCGAGAGACUUCAUUGACUGCUAUCUGGACGAGCUUGAUAAGAGAAAAAAUGAUGGUUCCUCUUUUGCUGAAGACCAGCUCAUCAUGUACAUUUUUGAUUUGCACUUUGCAGGGACUGAUACCACGUCCAACACCCUCCUCACUGCUUUUCUCUACCUCAUGAACCACCCAGAGAUUCAAGCAAAAUGUCAAAAAGAGAUUGAUGAGGUUCUGGAGGGUAAAGAUCACGCAUCGUAUGAAGACAGACACAAUAUGCCGUACACACUGGCUGUGAUUCAUGAGGUUCAGCGCGUCGCUAACACUGUACCGCUAAGUGUGUUUCACUGCACCACCAAAGACACAGAGCUGAUGGGCUACAGCAUCCCGAAGGGAACUGUGAUCAUUCCCAACCUCACUUCUGUACUAAAAGAGGAAGGCCAGUGGAAGUUUCCUCAUGAAUUCAACCCAGCCAACUUCCUGAGUGAGCAAGGCCAGUUUGAGAAGCCUGAGGCCUUUAUACCUUUUUCUGCAGGUCCUCGUGCGUGUCUCGGUGAGGGUCUUGCGCGUAUGGAGCUCUUCCUGGUCUUCGUCACUCUGUUGCGCCUUUUCCAGUUUGUGUGGCCCGAUGAUGCCGGGGAACCUGAUUACACCCCAGUAUAUGGGAUCACCCUCACCCCCAAACCCUACAGAAUGCACAUCAGACGCAGAGAAACAGUUAAACAGUAAAUCAUAAUGUCAAAUACUUCUCCCUAUACAGGAUAUAAUUUGAUAAACAGAUAAUCUUUGAAUAUCUAAUUGUGUAUCAUUAUCAAAAGUUUGUGAUGAGUAUUGGGCUGCGUAUGAAGUUGGAGGUAACUGAGCACAACAGGUUGGUUCUGGAAGUAAAAAUUCAAUUCAUUUUCUUUUCAUACAGACCUACCAUGAGCUUCAAGAUUGUUGAAAUGAUGAUAUAUGAUAUAGUCUGCCUUGUUUUUAAUAGCUGAAUUUCUGGUGAACUACACUACCCAUAAUCCCAAAGUGAGCUCUGUCAAUGCAGAAGAAAGUUUGUUGAAGAUAUUUUUGAAAUCCCUAAAAGGGAAAAUGAAUGGAAUAUAUUUCUGGAACCAAAAGAUACAAACUCUGUACAAAAAGUUCCUAUUGGGAGAACAUAAUAAAGCUCUUAUCAAGUUGCUAAACGUGGCCUUCGUGUCUGUU